UCUGGUAAUGUGAUAGCUGCUGGUAUCCAGAAACCCCACUACACUGAAACAAACGUUUUCAUUCGAACCCCGAAACAUACAAACUCACAACCAACUGCCAACUGACUAGAAUUAGACAGUCAAGUGGCGAGACUCCCAUUCAUUGGACACUACCGAAUACCUGGAACAAGAAUCGAGCGCAAGUAAAUCAAUCGGUUUACACAAGCUCGUGAAGAUAUUGGAUAUUGGAAAUUGGUAUCAAGGUCAGAGGACGCACUUCCAAUAUUUACGCUUCGAUAUGGAUUGCAAUCAAGAUUUGCGACUAUCGGAGGCUAGAAAGCCAAACCCUUCUAUCCUAGAAAUCUUUGAUGUGCUAUGCAAUAGUGAGGAAGUGGGUCGUUUGGAACAGCCAGUCGCAGUUUCAGAUCGAAUAGUCAGAAUAGUCAAUUCAGCAAGCAAAAGACGCCUUGGUAAAUUAGAUACAUUUAUGGUGCUCGAAUAUCUGUGUUCGAAAAAUGUACCUCCAGUGUCUGUACUCACAGCUCUAUUAUUCAUCGAAAAACUUGUGGUAGCCGAUCCUCAUUCACCUUUAUUGACUGAAGUUACAGCUGUUGAUCUUUUUGCAGUAUCAAUGGUGCUAGCAUCCAAAUAUUUACAUGACGAUGAUACAGACUAUGGAAUGUAUAAUGCAGAAUGGGCAGAUGAAUUUGAUAUGGAUAUCAAAGAGUUGAAUGAACUUGAAGUCAAAUUCAUUUCCGCUCUUAAUUGGGAGUUUUUUGUAACUAGGGCACAAAUACUCCGAUUCGCUCUUGAGAUCGGGGUCCUCCAUCAGAUUACCAAAUGUAAUUCAUUCAGCGACCAACCUGAUUUCAAUGUAUAUUCUAUGUUGUUACGUAUUCAUCAAAUUCUUUUGAAGUAUUCUAAGCAUUGUACUUCGCUCAAAAUAUGGAGUGUAAGCAAAAUCGUAUUUGUCUUAGCACUCGCUUAUCUGAGCACGAACAAAUUUUCUCAGUGUUAUCUGGAGACAAGAUACGCUAAUCAAAAUCAAACAUAUCUUUCCAAAGUGGUUGCAGAUCAAUAUCUAAUUAAUAUACUGUCGAAUAUGACUUGGUCCUACAAACCAACAAACGUUAACAGUCAAAAUGUUAAAAUAUGCACAGAACACUUGGAAUGCAGAUAUCGUAGUAAACAUAAAUUUGUAUCUUACCCAUAUGUUAAAGAAACUGAUACGGCCAUACGAAUGAUAGGCUGUCCAACAUAACUAUCUAAUCUCGUAAAUACUUCCACCCAAUAAAUCUUACUAUUUUUCACUAUUCAGGUACUCCAAGAUUCUUAUUGUUACAUUACUAUUAUUUUAAUACUUAUCUCCACUAGAUGUGUUUAUAAUAAAAAAAUUUGAAGUA